ACCGGGCAGUGACGAGCAGCCGCUAGCAGCAGUCAGCACAAGCCACAACACACUCACCACUCCAGCCGGCGCGAUGAGGCCCAUGAUAACGGCAGUGCUUGUCGCGCUCGUGUGCGUGACUUCCUCGAGCUCCUCCCAGGCGGUUCAGCGUCGUGAGGCGGCUCUCGACAGCUACAGCUCCGGAGGUGGCGGUGACUACAGCGGCGGCUCCUACGGCGGAGGCGGCGGCGGUGGCGACGGCGGUGACUACGGGGGCGGCGCCAGCGGCGGUGGCGGUGACUACGGUGGCGCAGUCUCUGCUGCGUACAGCGGGGGCGGCGGUGGCGGUUUCACACCCAGUGCCAGCUUCGGCGGGGGCGGCGAUAGCUACAGUGGAGCCGCUGCCGCUGGGGGUCAAGGCGCGUACAUCGGCGGCGGCGGCGGUGACGUCGGCGGGUACGGAGGUGGAGACCUGGGCGGUGGAGACCACGCGGCCCUUGGAGGCGGCGGCUACGGCGGCGGUGCCAUCGGCGGAGGCGACAUCGGGGGCGGCGGCUACGGAGGAGGCGGUUUCGGAGGCGGUUACGGAGGCGGCUACGGUGGAGGCGGCUACGGCGGCGGCGCAGCCGGUUUCGUAGCCGAGCCGCAAGUGAAGACGGAGCUGCGGCCCUACCAGGUGCCGGUGGUGAAGAUCAUCCGAGUACCCGUGGCCAAGCCGAUCCCGGUAGCCGUGCCGAAGCCCGUGGGCGUGAACGUGCCGCAGCCGGUGCCCGUGCACGUGAAGGUGCCGGUCGAGGUGAAGGUGCCGGUGACGCGCGUCUCCCGCGUGGAGGUCGAGAAGCCCAUCCCGGUACCCAUUGAGAAGCACGUGCCCCACUACAUCGACAAGCCGUACCCCAUCACCGUCAUCAGGCACGUGCCCGUGCACGUGCCUCAGCCGUUCCCCGUGCACGUUCCCGUUUACAAGCACGUCUACCACGUGCCCAAGCACCAUUACUUCCAAAUAACGCCCAUGAAACAUUCAAGAAGUGAAAGUAAUAAUAAUUGCAGAAAGUGUGUGGAGCAUAAGGUGACAUGGUGCAGGAUAGAAGAAAGUGAGAGGGAGAAAGUGCAGUUCGAUGAGAGGUUGAACAUAUAUUUGAGUGCUGGAGAUGGUACAGUGAUGAAGGCGACCCUGAGGAGGUGCAAGUUCGAGAAAGAAGCGGGCAGGAAUGUGCAGACACCCGGAGCCGGCGAGUAUCCGGUGGCGGGGUGGCCGCGGAAAGUCGGCCGCGGCUGCCCCGUGCUCUCGCCGGCUGUCCCGUCGCCGCGCCCGGUCCCCACCUGGCGGACGCAGGGUGGGGGCGCUACUUGCCGCAUGCCGCCUCUGCCUGCUCGCCCGGUGAAAGGAGCCGCCGGGCCGCCUAUAAUAGGCCAGCGCCGGCCAUCGGGCCAUCAGUCGCCCACUGUAGCUCUCCUCUGCAGCCCACAGCAUCGUUCCAGCGCCACGAUGGCCCUCCACAUGAUUUGCUUGGCGUUACUGGUGGCGAGCGCGCACUGCUACCCGGCAGCGUCCAAUGAGCGCAAGGUGGAGAAGCGAGGCGUCGACGGCGGCGUCGGGGGCGGCGGCCUUGAAGGCCACGGAGGUGGCUACGGAGGCGGCGGCUAUGGCGGCGGCGUCGGAGGCGGCUACGAUGGAGGCUAUGGGGGCGGCUACGGCGGCGGCGGCGACGGCGGACACGACGCCGGCAGCUACGAGCCAAUUCAUGAGCACGUGAACGUCUUCCACAAGAGCAUCGAGCCGCCCAAGGUCAAGGUGCUCAAGAUCCCGGUGCCGCACCACAUUCCGGUGCCGGUACCACACCCCGUGGCCGUGCACGUGCCGCACCCGUACCCCGUGUACACGCGGCACGCUGAGCGCGUCGAGGUGCCGGUCAUCAAGACCAUCCACGUGCCCGUCGAGAAGCCGUACCACGUGACGGUCGAGAAGAAAGUUCCCUACCCCGUGGAGAAGCCGUACCACGUGACCGUGGAGAAGCCCAUCGCCGUGCCGGUGCCCAAGCCGUACCCCGUGCACGUGCCCGUCUACAAGCACGUGUACCACCAGAUCAAGGCCCACGGAUGGCACUGACCGCUGACUCCGCCUGCCGCUGCCGCCCACAUAGUCGCUGACUGUCAUAUGUACAUUAUACUCGCUCUCUCACCUCCAAACGGACCUCGCGUCCCAUCAUCCUUCGUUGUUUUUUUUUAUAGUCUUUGUUAUGUUUGUACUUUUUGUUGCCCUUUUGUAAUAAAAUGAGUUACGCUUA